AUGAUAAGGCUACCUGUCAAAAGCCAAAUGAACACCCAGCUGACGACAAAAAAAUCGAUAUCAAGAUGGUUGUUUCAUCUCGUGAAACGACGGCUGGGUAUAAAAUAUCCGAAGAAAAGAUUUACUGCCAUACGUCUGUUAUGCAGACAUUCAAAAAUACAAUUUCACAUCUUUUUUUGCCCAAGAGACAGUGAAGGCGACCAGAGGAUAACUUGGUGUUGUGUGAGUAAACUACUGCUCAAAGCACAGUAUUAUCUUGACCUAAAUUGUCAGGAGUGUGCCGGGUACCCCUAUGUGGAUUUCAAAACAAAAUCGCCAGAAAAUAUGCGAGACAUACACGCGAUACUGCAUAACGUCCAAAAUGUAGCAAUCCGUAAAUUUCGAGCUGUCUCAUCUAGUGGCCAUGCUCACUCGGUCACGAAUACCUUUCCACCCACAUCGCAAGCGUUGACAAAAUUAACGCCGAAAUCACCAGCAUUGAUCUCUACGACAUCCACCUCGUCGUUAUUGAUUUUGUCAACACCAACAUCUUCCGUAUGGACCUUAUCAACUUCGACAGAAGCAACCUCUCUCGAAUUCUGUACAAACGCUGGUGAGAAUCUCAAAAAACUUGGCGAGAUUAAUCUCGUUGGUACAAAACUUGAUGAGGAUAUGUUCAAAAGGACUCGUGAAAAAGACUAUGACUUGCGCGGCGCGUGGUCCAAACUUUGGCUUCUCAAACCAGCAUCUGUAUAUUUCGUAAGGUUCUCUGUAGAACAACGUUAUCGCGUCGGUAUUCUGCAAAAACCACUUUCUCUACCACCCGAAGUAGAGCUUCCUGUUACGGAGAAUGUUAUCUUCCACUAUCUGAAUUGCACCAAUCCUACAGGAAUUCUUUUCUGGAUGAGAAAAGUCGCACGAAAAUGCAAUACAAGUAUACUUGAUAACGGAGCUGCACCAAUUGGAAUCCAUAUUGAUGAAGGCCCGAAUUACAAAGUUAUCUUCUGUAUAAACUUUGUGGCCCAAGUGAUAGGCGGCAUCAUAGCUUUGGCAUGGUCACUUGCCAAAGGAGAUUUUCAUGGUGCUUUUGGCUUCGCGAGUUGGUUUAUAGCUUCCGUGAACGCAAUUCUGCUGACGCUUACGUAUUGGUUAGACGAGCAAGCCUUAUAA